AUGCCCCAUUACUCCACUCCAGGAUGGAUGAAGAAGAAAUAUGCAUCUAGCCUGUUUAUAGUUUGCGCAGGCCAGCCCUGCCAGUGCUACCUGGACUAUCGUGCCCACUGUUGCUCUGGUCUGGAAAGCGAUUGCAGAAAUGUCAAGGAACUCCCUGAGUCUGUGUCUGCUGAUGUAAAAUUUGGAAAUACGACAUUUAAGACAGAUGUGUAUCCCAAAUCACUAAAUCCUCAGUGGAAUUCUGAAUGGUUUAAAUUUGAAGUAGAUGAUGAAGAACUACAAGAUGAACCUCUCCAGAUCACAGUUCUUGAUCAUGAUACGUACAGUGCUAAUGAUGCCAUUGGCAAAGUGUACAUAGAUAUUGAUCCUUUGCUCUAUAGUGAAGCGGCCACUGUUAUAUCGGGAUGGUUUCCCAUUUAUGAUACUAUCCAUGGUAUACGUGGGGAGAUCAAUGUCGUGGUGAAAGUAGAUCUCUUCAAUGAUUUGAACAGAUUUAGGCAGUCAUCCUGUGGAGUCAAAUUUUUUUGCACUACAUCUAUUCCCAAGUGUUACAGAGCAGUAAUAAUUCAUGGAUUUGUGGAAGAACUUGUGGUUAAUGAAGACCCAGAAUACCAGUGGAUAGACCGAAUUCGUACACCGCGGGCAUCAAAUGAGGCUAGACAAAGACUCAUUUCACUAAUGUCAGGUGAACUGCAAAGGAAGAUUGGCUUGAAGGUACUUGAAAUGAGAGGAAAUGCUGUUGUUGGUUAUUUGCAGUGUUUUGAUUUGGAGGGCGAGUCUGGACUAGUAGUACGAGCCAUAGGAACAGCCUGUACCUUGGAUAAAUUAAGUAACACAUCAACAUUCUUACCUGCAUGUAACUCCCCAUCCAAAGAAAUGAAGGAGAUUCCCUUCAAUGAAGAUCCCAAUCCCAAUACUCAUUCAUCAGGACCCUCCACCCCUCUGAAAAACCAAACCUAUUCCUUUUCACCUUCCAAGUCCUACAGUCGACAGUCCUCUUCUUCUGACACAGAUUUGAGUUUGACACCCAAAACUGGAAUGGGCAGUGGGAGUGCUGGAAAAGAAGGGGGGCCAUUUAAAACUCUUUUAAGACAACAGACUCAGUCAGCUCUGGAACAAAGGGGAGGAUCGCCUCAUAGGUUCUGUAGAAGGCGGGAAUUUCCAUUUUUUACCUUGACGGCCUUUCCACCAGGCUUCCUCGUCCAUGUUGGUGGUGUAGUCAGUGCACGUUCUGUGAAGCUCUUGGAUCGCAUUCAUAAUCCUGCCUUUGUCGGAAUUAUGGGUAACACAAGAUCAUACAAACUGCUAGACUGGAAUAGUUUCAAUUCAGAUGAACCAGAGACACGAGAUGCAUGGUGGGCAGAAAUCAGACAAGAAAUAAAAUCCCAUGCCAAGGCAUUGGGUUGUCACGCUGUAGUGGGCUACAGUGAAUCAACUAGCAUUUGCGAAGAGGUCUGUAUUUUGUCUGCGUCUGGCACAGCAGCUGUACUGAACCCUAGGUUUCUUCAGGAUGGCACCGUGGAAGGCUGUUUGGAACAAAGGAUUGAAGAAACUUCACCACCAGGUUGUGGAUUUUGCCAUAUACCAUAUGAUGAACUGAACAUGCCAUUCCCUGCUCACCUCACAUAUUGUUACAACUGCAGGAAGCAAAAGGUUCCCGAUGUCCUUUUCACUACAAUUGAUCUCCCUGUAGAGGCAAUCGUUAUUGGGAAGGGAUGUCUUAUUCAAGCCAGGUUAUGUCGUCUAAAGAAGAAAGCUCAAGCUGAAGCAAAUGCAACGUCUAUCAGUAAUCUCUUACCGUUUAUGGAAUAUGAAGUGCACACCCAACUGAUGAAUAAACUUAAACUCAGAGGAAUGAAUGCUCUCUUUGGGCUGAGAAUACAAAUCACUGUGGGUGAAAACAUGCUAAUGGGGUUGGCAUCUGCAACAGGUGUAUAUCUAGCAGCUUUGCCAACCCCUGGUGGUAUUCAGAUUGCAGGGAAAACUCCAAAUGAUGGCACCUAUGAACAGCAUAUAUCUCACAUGCAGAAAAAGAUAAAUGAUACAAUAGCAAAAAACAAGGAGCUUUAUGAGAUCAAUCCUCCGGAGCUACCUGAAGAGAUCAUUGGGUCUCCCAUUCCAGAGCCCAGACAACGUUCCAGGCUAUUAAGAUCUCAGUCAGAAAGCUCUGAUGAAGUUACAGAGCUAGACCUUUCACAUGGGAAAAAGGAUGCCUUUGUCUUGGAGAUUGAUGAUACAGAUGCAAUGGAAGAUGUACAUUCUCUCCUGACAGAUGUUCCACCACCUUCAGGUUUUUACAGUUGCAACACAGAAAUUAUGCCUGGCAUAAAUAACUGGACUUCCGAUAUUCAAAUGUUCACAGCAGUAAGAGUAUCCAGAUUGAGCAACAUAAACUUGACAAAUCAAACACUUAAUAAGAACUUUAAUGAUCUCUGUGAGAAUCUGUUAAAGAGCUUAUAUUUUAAACUACGAUCUAUGAUUCCCUGCUGCCUUUGUCAUGUAAAUUUUACAGUUGCUCUUCCAGAGGAUGAAUUAGUUCAGAUCACAGUCACAGCUGUUGCAAUUACAUUUGACAAAAAUCAAGCAUUACAAGCUAAUAAAGCCCCUACAGAAAAAUCACAGCAAAGAGCAUCUACAGACAAUGAAGAACAGCUACAAUUUCCAUUGGAACUUUGCUCUGAUCCCCUUGCUUCUCAACCAUUCUCACCGGCUAAAGAGGUCUUGGAGGGUGCAAGUUCCCACACAGGUAUUCCUGCUACGCAGAGAGCAACGUCAAUUGAUUACAGUUCCUUUGCAGACAGAUGCAACAGCUGGAUAGAGCUCAUUAAACUGAAAGCUCAGACCAUAAGGCGCGGAUCAAUUAAGACAACUGCUUCACUUGAUAAAGCAAGUCCACUGGCUGAGGGACACUUACGGAACCGUUCUGUUCCAUCAUGCACCAAUUCUACCGUCUCAGUUGUUAAGAUGACACCUCUUUCCUUUAUACCUGGGGCAAAAAUAACCAAAUAUCUUGGGAUAAUCAACAUGUUUUUUAUAAGAGAAACCACUUCUUUGCGUGAGGAAGGAGGUGUCAGUGGUUUUCUCCAUGCUUUUAUUGCUGAAGUGUUUGCAAUGGUGAGAGCUCAUGUGGCAGCUUUAGGGGGGAAUGCAGUUGUCUCAUACAUAAUGAAGCAGUGUGUUUUCAUGGAGAACCCAAACAAAAAUCAGGCCCAGUGUUUAAUAAAUGUAAGUGGAGAUGCAGUCAUCUUUGUACGCGAAUCUGAGUUAGAAAUGUUACCACUACAGCUUUCUACAGCUGUUCCUCAACCCACAAGUUCUGGAGAUGUCACAACAUGAAGUCAGAAAAAGUGAAAUUGUCUCUGGCAAAUAUAAAGAUUGUUUAAAAUAUGGGAAUUUUAGGUCUGCAUCUUCAAAAUCAGUCUCUCUCCACAACAUUAAUGACCAAAAUUGAAGACAAUCACUGCGUUUUGUCCUUCAACUUUAUGUAAUAAUCAGGGCAGGAUAUUGGCAGGGAUGCUCUUAUUCUUCUUUUAUUAUUACAAGCCCCUUUGAAAUACAGACAGAAGAUGAAACAUUGAUAUGGAAAUAUAGAUUAAAAUAGUAGACACCAAAUGGAACUAUGAAAGUAAAUAAAAAUGCUAUUACAUUUUUAAACUGCUCAACAGGACCAGGAUGAGCUAUAAUUCAGAACAGCCUCCGAGUUUUCUUAUUGUAUUAAUUAAUUCUGAGAUCAUUAUUUAAAAAAAAAAAAAAA